GUUGAUUUCAAGUAAAGUGACAAAUACUGUUAUUUUAUUUUCGUAUUAAUAGUCAUUUUAUGAUAUUAUUUUAAAAAGAAAAAUAUACAAUUAUUUAAGAUGAGUGUAAUAUCUAGACAGAUGCCAAGUGUUAAAGAUGAAUCUGAAGCAGAAGGAGAAGAAAUGUCUCAUGAUAGCAAUGAAAGUAAUCAAAGUUCUGCAUCAUGCGAUAGUAGUGCAGAACACAGUGAUAGUGAUGAUUCUUCAGAAAUGGAUGAAGAUGAAUGUGAAAGACGACGUAAUGAAUGUAUGGAAAACUUAGUAGAUUUAGAAAGACAAUUUACACUUCUUAAAGAGCAGCUUUAUCGUGAAAGAAUUACUCAAGUAGAUACAAAAUUAGGUGAAGUUCGAGUUGGAAAAUCUGAAGAAUAUUUAAUACCAUUGGAACGAUUAAAAGAAAAUAUGAAAACCAAAACAGAAGUAGCUGGGAUAUUAAAACAAUAUAGAUUACAAAAUAUACAGAAUAAAUUUUUAGCAGAAGAACAAGCUGCAUUGCAAAAUUUUGAAAGUGAAAAAGAAUUAAUUUGGGAUUGCAUUCAUAAUGAUUUGCAAGAAAAAAUUCGUAGAUUAGAAGAAGAUAGAAAUAAUGUUGAUAUUCAUGCAGAUUUAUGGUUAAAUUCUAAUGGUAGAAGACGCAGAAAUCAUACUGAAAGAAGAAGAGCUGUUUCUGUUGCGGGACCUUAUAUUGUUUACAUGCUUAAUGAUGCAGAUAUUCUUGAAGAUUGGGCAUUGAUAAAGAAAAGUUUAAGCAGUAGAAAAACUGAAAUAAUAUAAUGAUACAUCCAUUGAAAUAUAAAUCCAUUUUAAAAAUAUAACAAUCUUAAUGAUAAUGUAUUGCUCUUUUAUAGAUAUAUAUAAAAGAUGUAUAAAAGAUAUUAGAGCGAUCAUUAUCUUCAUUUAUUGGCACUUCUCUUAUGUUUAUAACACAUAUAUAAAGUGCCUUCUAUAAAAACAUUUUGAUCUCUAUAAAAUUAUUUUAAUUAAUAAAAUACUGGUGCAAAUAGAGUAAUGGAAAAAUUUUAUGACAAAGUAUCUU